UGGACCACCGUAGUCUGCUGAAACGUUUCGAGUGAUCGCUUUAAAAUCAUCGAACACGUCGGUCAUGUAAACGCGUGGUCGUUCAUCGAGGUUUCGAACUGGGAUACGCGAUAACGAGGAUGAGACCUAGUGCGGUUCUUCUGUUGCUCUUCCUGUGCACCUUUUACCUGGCGACCGAGUCCAAGUUACAUCAACAGGCGGCCGUGGACGACGAUGACGACGACGACGACGAUUGGGACGACGAGGACGAGGACGACGACGACGAGGACGCGUCCUAUCAGUCCAAAACUGAGGUGGACGACGAUGGACGCAUUUACAAGAACCCGAGGAAUUCGCCGUCGGCUAUGUGUCCUAGGGACGAGAAACAGGCGAUGCUGUUCGGCCAGAAGUGUCUGAGAAAGUGCUCCACCGACGAGGACUGCAAGAGCAAGAAGAAAAAGUGCAGAUGCGACGGUGCCUGCGGGAUGUCUUGCAUCAAACCGGAAAGAGAAUGCCCGCCGCUCACGGAGAUCCAGAACGGCGUGAUGACGGUGACCGGCAGAUUUUUCGGCGAUCGAGCCCAUUACACCUGCGAUCCCGAUUACUUUACCGUCGGACUCACCGAAAGGACGUGCAGGGCCGACGGCAACUGGACCGGCACGACACCGUCCUGCAAAAAGGAUCGCAGCUCCUUUUGUUCGCAACCGCCGAAAGUCAAGAACGCUAGGCACAACGCUCCUGUGGAACAGACGACCUUCGACAUCGACAGAGUCGUGCAAUAUUUCUGCAACCACGGAUACGUGACCACGGGGGUGAAGAAGGCGAAGUGCCUGUUGAUGGAAGGUGUUGCGAGCUGGUUCGGACCUGAUAUCACGUGCGAACCAAAGAGCUGCGGCCCUCCGGCGGAUAUCGCCAACGGCUGGCACGCUGGCGAAUGUUACACGUACGAUUGCCGCGUGUCGUAUCACUGCGCGAACGGUUUCGAAUUGGUCGGCAAAGCCGAGAAGCUGUGUCUGGCAGACGGCACAUGGACCCCCAAAGAAUCGCCACAAUGCGUCCAACUUACAACGGUGCAAUGCCCGAAACCGGAGAACCCAGUGAACGGGAAGGCGGUGUACACCUCGUAUGCAUACAAUUCCAUCGUGUCGUACGAGUGCGAUUAUGGUUACACGGUGGUCGGAGCGGCGACAAGACGGUGUGGGGCUGAUAGAAAAUGGACUGGAAAGACACCUACCUGCCAGGAGAUUGAUUGCGGUUCACCUGGUGUUCUCUACAACGGUUGGAUUGAGAAUAUCGAGGCGGGUACGGGUCUGGGGGCGAGCAUAAUUUUCCGCUGCAACGACCACAUGAAGCUGGAGGGCAAUACAUCGUCCGUUUGUCAGAGCGACGGAAAAUGGCGUUAUCCGUUGCCGCAGUGUCUGGCUCCAUGUGUGGUGCCGCAGAUAGAGAACGGUCACAUAACCGUGGCGAGCCACGGCAAAGAUCACAUCAACAACGUGACCGUGGUAGAACACGGCGAGAGAUUGCUGGUUUCGUGCGUGCAGAAUUAUGAAUUCGCGGCUAACAGCACACCGGUGAUGUGUAAUAAUGGCACGUGGUCCAUAGUGCCCAGUUGUUCGCCGGCCAGGUGCAAGCUGAUGCCGAAGCCGCCGAAAAAUGGGAUGGCGAUAGCGCCGAAAACGGACCACGGUAUGAAGGCGGUAUUCAAAUGCAAGGAUGGCUACGAGCUGGUCGGCGGAGGUCCAUUAAACGACUCCCUGUCGGUCGAGUGCCAAUAUGGAAAUUGGAUCGGCGAUAUACCGCACUGUGUCCAAGUGUUCUGCCCGUUUCCGGGCUUCAUCGAGAACGGAAAGGUGUUUCUGAUGGGCAACAUGGGCGUCUACGAUUACAGGCCGUACGUUAAGAAGGUCGUGAAUAACAAGCAGAUCAUGUACGAUUGCGAUAAGGGUUAUGUGCUGGACGAGGGACCCACCGGAGCCACUUGCAUCAGAGGAAAUUGGAGUCCAAAGGAGUUACCCAAGUGCAUACCUGGACAACAUCCUAGGCUCAGAUGGAGUAGGCGUAGGAGGUCCGUGAACGAGGAGGAUCUCACCAUGAGUUAUAGGAAAUUCAUCGAGUUUUUCCGGAAGAUCGGCAAGAAGCUGUUGCACCUCGAGAUGAGCAAAGGCAAAGAUCACCCUAAGCACAAAGCAGAAACGAAGAAUUCCAACGCAACUCAUCACGACAACAGCACGGAAAGUUUAUCCUGGAAAAAGCACCUGGGACACGGGAACAGGACCCGUCUUCGAGAAGAGAAGAUGAUCGACUUCCUGAAACUGGUCUAUCGCAAACUUCAGCGAAUCGACGCGAGACAAUCGAACAAUUCCACGAACGGCAGCAUGCACGAUCUUUUGAACGCGAUGAGCAAAAACUUCUUCCACGUGGACCUGUCGGAAUCCCGUAGGAACGGCACGGGCAGAGGACGUUCGGAGUUCGAGAUCAGAAACCAGCGAGAAUUCAUCAAGUUGAAGCGCGAGUUCGAGAGGAUCAUGCGUUUCUACAACAAGUCGAUGCGCUGGAACGAGAAGCAGAGUCGCAAGGACUCGAAGAAGAAGGGUCAAUCCCACGGCGACAAAGGGAAGAAGUCGAAGGAGAAGAAGAAACACAGGAAGAACUACUACAAAGGAUUCUACGAGUUCGUGAACAGCUACGUGACGGAGAAGCUGUCGAUGCUGGAAGCGCGAAACGCGACCGAGGAGUUGAUCAAGAACAUGAAGAUCGAUAAGUUCACCGUGAGAAACGGCACCACGUUUACUGUAGGCGAGAUGUACGCGUUCUUCAAACAUAUCAUAGAGGCUAAACUGAACGCCAGCGACGAGACGACGCCGACCGAGGCGUCCACGAGCGCGUCCCCGUCGUCCACGACGUCGAUCGUCAUCAGCACGACCAUCUCGAGCCCGUCGACGAGCAACGCCAGCACGACCACCACGCUACCAACCCCUCGGGAGAUCGAGUCUCACGAUAAUCGAUCCUCGACGAUGCCCAGUAACGAGUCCUCGGUGCUGGACAACGAGAUACCCGCCAAAGAAGGAGUGCCAAAGCACCGCAGCAAGCGAAUACGAAACGCCGAAGAGGACGUUGGUCCUCCACGACAGAAGCGGAGGCUGCUCUCCGUGAACGGUAACAAGAACAACGAUGGAUCAUCGUGGUCGUCGUGGCGCGAGAUGCACGAGGUCUCCAAGAGAUCGAACGCCUACGACGACGAGAAGACCAGGCUGUUCACGUUCAAGGAACUCGAGGCGCAACAACAGAGCCGAUCCAAACGGUUUCUCCCUUUGUCCGAGCUGGAUAACCAAAUCUUCCUAAAGAACUUGUAUCUGAACGCGUACGAGGACGAGUAUCGAACGAACGUGAAACGAUCGAUCGGUUUGGGCAAUCGCACCAACGAACCGAUCGUUUAUAGGCGGCGCAAAGGUAAUCUGGCUGAUUACGAGAUCAAGUGAAACGGAGACGAGAUGUUUUUUUUUGGUGUUGUGAUACCGAGUGGAAUUUGACGAGGUCACUUUAAACGGAGCUGGAUGCUAUUCGGGUAAUUUGAGAAUAUUUACAAAUGUAACGAUGGUGGUCGAGGAUACUUUCAGGGAAAUUGGAAAGUAACGAAUGAUCUUUGGGUCGGGUUAGAUUUUAUUCGAGUAAAGUUAUUCGUUAUCUUUGAGUAAGUUAUAUUGCCAUAGGGUUGCACUAGUGGAGAAAAUUGUGCAAUGGGUCAUAUAAGUGGAACUCAUAUUUUCCCGCUAAAAAUUUGAGAAUCAAAGAAUUAAAAAAUUGGAAAAUCCUAAAUUAAAAAAUUCAUAAACUUCAUAACUUUGAAGUUUACAAUCGUUAAACCUAAAAAAUUGAAAGCCCCUAAAUUUCUGAAGCAAAAUAGUAUCUUUGAAGUCGAAAAAGCGGAAACUCGAGUGUCAUCGUUAUAAUAAAAAUCGAUGUUUAAAAAUAAUUCGAAUAGUAUACAAUUCUGGCUUUAACGAUAUCAAAGUCGAUUUUUAGGCGAGUAUACAGCACAUAUACGGAUAGAUUGUAAUCGUUGUCCCUGGUCGAUGCGCAUUGUAAGACGUGUAUCGCGCUUUUUUGACGAAUAAAUCCAUUUUUCCAUUGCGAGUCUCUCGGUGUACCCGAUUUAAACACGGGGUUCAUUAUUCGACAAUUUAUCGCCGCGAUGUGAGCUCGAUAGCUCGGGUCACGGGACCUGGUUGUUCUUCUAUCUUUCAUUUUUUGUUCACCCCUCGUGAUGGUUAAUCGAUGUCGUUUUAGCUGAGAGGGUGGUUGAGAGAUGUGGCAAUCCCCGUGCAGUCGAGAUCAUACAUUCGUGAUGAUUCAAACAGAUUCUUGAUCGUCAACCUUUAAGACUGAUAUACUUCGAAAUUUUAACGUAUUUGCGAUUUCGUUGGCAAAGUUUUGAGGAAAAGUUUAUAGCACUCGUGCUCUUGUUUGUUAAGUUUUGUGGAAGUUUUAACUAUUAAAUAGUUUAUAGUUCUUUCGAUUUUUAUUGCGAUUGAAAUUGGAAGAUUUUAAUGUUUAUAGCACUUGUGCUUUUGGUUGAGUCAUAGAAAAAUUAACUCGGUGACUGUCACAG